AGACAGAGAGAGACUGAACAGACUGAAUAUGUGGCUCCUCUGUCAGCCCCGCACGUGCGGGAUGUGAUAGGCUGUAUGGGACAGAGCUUUGACUCACCGUGACCCGCUCACUGAAGCUCCAGCCCCGGAGCCAGAGCAGAUACUCACCGGGCUGUGUCUGUGAUGGACCUUCGUCUGUGCUACGCUCUGCUCCUCUUCUUCACUUGGACUUCACUGCCUCUUUGCUGGGCUGAAAUCUAUACGUCUCUUGUGAACGUGAAACACGCCAUCAGUGCAGAGCGGAAACUGAUCGACUCUCUCAAAAGUUACAUCGAGCAGGAGUCAGACAGGCUGCAGGACAUCAGGCGUUUUUAUGCCAAAGUUUCCCAUCUCCACUCUGAUGUGUACAAAGGCCAGGCAACUGCUCUAGCAAACCCUCUGUUGGCUUUCACUCUCAUCAAACGACUGUAUUCAGAAUGGGCCAAUGUGGUGUACAGUGAUGAAGCUCUGGAAAACUCACAAGCCCUCAGAUCUAGUUACGAGGAGGAAGAGUCAGCUCUGCCUAAACUUGAGGACCUCCAGGGGGCUGUAAGGGGACUCCUGAGGCUCCAGGAUGUGUACUCUCUGCAGGUGUCGGGCCUGGUUAGGGGGCAUUUCCUCACUACGACCAGCAAAGGAACCAGCGAGAUUUAUAGGCCGCUUGUGUCUGUCCGUCUGUCCGGUGAUGACUGCUUUCUGGUUGGUAAGGUGGCAUAUGAUCAGGAGGAUUACUACCAUUCAGUGCCAUGGCUGGAGCAGUCAGUGCGUCUCUUCAGAGGACACAAGUGGAGCCCAGAGAACCAGGGCACUUUGGAAGAUGCAUUGGACCACCUAGCUUUCUCUCAUUUCAAAACAGGGAAUGUUACGUGUGCUUUGAGCCUAUCCCAAGAGUUACUGCAUCAUGAUCCAGUGAAUGAGCGUGUUUUGCAGAAUGUUGAGAAAUAUGAGAAGAUGUUGGUGGUGAAACCUCAUAUUAAAGCCAAUGAGCUGAGGAGACCGGCUUCAAAAUAUUUGAGAACAAGAGAGGUUUAUGAGAGACUCUGCCAAAACCACGGCUCGCAUCCCACACAUUUUCAAAACCCAAGACUCUUCUGCGACUACUUUACCAGUGGAAGUCCAGGCCUGAUUGUGCAUCCAGCCAAACGGGAAAUACUGAGUCUGCAGCCUUUUGUGGUUCUGUAUCAUGACUUCAUCACCCACACUGAGGCAGAGGACGUCAAGAGGCUUGCCCAACCAGGAUUAAAAAGAUCUGUCAUAGCAAGUGGAGAAAAACAAGCUACAGCAGAUUAUCGCAUCAGUAAAAGUGCUUGGCUUAAAGACUCUUCCCAUGCUGUGAUUGGGAAACUGGACCACCGGAUUUCAAUGGUAACUGGUCUAAAUGUGAACCAUCCUUUUGGCGAAUACCUUCAAGUUGUAAACUAUGGGAUUGGCGGACACUAUGAACCCCACUUUGACCAUGCUACAGCUCCAACCAGUCCUGUGUACAAGCUGAACACUGGCAAUCGAGUGGCUACAUUCAUGAUAUAUCUCAGCUCUGUCGACGCAGGUGGGUCCACUGCAUUCAUCUAUGCCAACUUCAGUCUCCCGGUAGUAGAGAAAGCGGCCAUCUUCUGGUGGAAUCUGCACAGAAAUGGUGAAGGAGAUGUAGACACGCUUCAUGCAGGCUGUCCAGUGCUUGUAGGAGACAAAUGGGUGGCAAACAAGUGGAUUCAUGAAUAUGGUCAAGAAUUUACCCAUCGCUGCACCCUGAAUCCUGAUGAAUGAAAGAAGAGGAGAACUGGCUGCUGUUUGGAGUCUUUACAAUCAUGAACCACUCGGAAAGAAGAGAGAGGGGGCGUGCGGGCUGUGGAAAGGGGCAGGCCACAUAAGUGAAUCCGCCUCAAGCCCAAAGAGCCCAGAGCAGGCAGACCGCAGUGGACAUGGAUGAAGGAAAACUGAGCUCCGUUUUCAGCCUGAGUUGAAAAUCAAUCCCCAGAGGCCACAUUCUCUCAAAUUCAUGCCGGAGAGAGAGGCCUCUGCUCCUCAUACUGUGCUGAUUUGGGCUCACUGUGAAAGACUUUGCUUUUUGCAGAAGUUGGUAGAAAAAGUGGACAUAAGUACUGCAGAGGAAGCACUCUGUCACAAAAUAUAAAUUUAGUUGAAGA